GAAAACUGAAGUUGGAAGAAUGAAAGUUUGUAGGCUUGAACUUGAACUGAAGCAGAUAUUGUGAGAUAUGAUUUCGACACAUUGGCUGGCGGGCUCUGACUGUAGAAAUCAUUUUAUAUGGGCACCGUGGAAUAGCCAAAUUCUAUCCGAAUUCCGAAGAGAUGGCCGACUGUGCUGUUGACGGAGGUUGUCCAAGCGAUUACAUCGCUAUUGCCAUCUCCGUUCUCGCUUUGAUCAUGCUCCUUACUCGCUCAAUUUUACCUCUUCUGGUUCACAAGGUUCCUCGUACAAAAGGCAGUGGCUUCUGGCUCCUGAUAAUUCAAAUAUUUGCCAGCUUCAAUUUGGUAUUGUCAAUAGUGUUUACCUUCAGUUUCCUCAAGUUAAAUAGAAGGCAUUGGUGGCAGUCUUGCUAUAUUUGGGCAGUUUGGUUCCAAGGUCCAAUAGGAUUUGGUCUGCUGAUUAGCUGUCGCAUAGUCCAAGCUUACCAACUCUACCACAUUUUUGUCAGGCGGCAUUUACCACCAAUUAGAUCACGUAUCUUACUUCCGGUGAUUCUCUUGCCAUGGAUUGCUGGUGCUGCAUUUUUUCAUACAAGGAAGUCUCUGAACCCUCAAUGCCACAUACGGGGUUAUUGGAUCAUCCUAGUCGUAAGCCUGGACAUAUUGUAUGUCACCAUUUUGGUGGGAAUUACAUGGGCUCUUCAUCAUAUUGAGUUCAGGUUCCAUGAAUUCAAAGACCUCCUGCAGGGAAUAAUUGUCUCCACAGGCGCCAUAGGAAUAUGGGUCGCUGCUUACAUUCUGAAUGAAGUCCGAGAAGAUACCCCAUCGCUUCAAGUAGCCUCCAGAUUUCUGCUACUACUGACAGCAAGUAUUCUGGUACUUGCUUUCUUCUCAAUGUCUAUCUCUCAACCUUUGCUUUCACAAGUGAGCUUGCGGAGAAGGGAGCCACAGGAGUUUGAAACAAUGGGUUGGGCUUUAGGCAUACCAGAUAGUGGCCUACUACAGAAGGGACCAACACCAGAAUUAGAUCUUAAUGAACCACUGGAGAAGCUUCUUCUGAACAGACGGUUUCGUCAAUCAUUCAUGGCUUUUGCUAACAGUUGUUUGGCUGGGGAAAGUGUACAUUUCUAUGAUGAAGUGCAUGAGCUUGGUAAAAUACCUGUUAAUGACUCUGUAACAAGGGUCUACAUGGCACGACACAUUAUUGAGAAAUACAUAGAUGCCGGUGUAGCAAUGGAAGUGAACAUAUCACAUCGAACGAAGCAAGAGAUUCUGGGUACUUCUGAUCUGGCUCACCCGGAUCUCUUUAGUGGUGCAAUAAAUGAGCUGGUGCAGCUGAUGAAAAUGAACUUGGUGAAAGAUUAUUGGUCAUCUGUGUUCUUCAUGAAGUUCAAAGAAGAAUCUCCAACAAAAUCAGAAGAAGACCAAGAGCACAUGGAGCAAGUGAUUGGGUGGGACAGCUCUUCUAGGAUUAGCUCUGUUCAUGGUGCUGAUGAUCCUUUUCGACUAGGACAUUCCUCAAAUGGUUCUGGUUGCUAGUGCGUCAUUCUUGGUUGAGACACUCAAACCAGAGGUGGUCACUUUUAAAGGAGGCCUGCUGGAUCACAUAUAUUUAUCUUAUUGAACAUUGAAGCUGAUUCUUGUUCUCCUACCCCAUGUUUGCCAAGUGAGCAAUACAAUGACAGAAAGAAACGAAAGUGGAGUAGAAAGAAAGCAGUGAGGGUAAACAGAAAUGAAGAAAGGGAGGAAAAUGACGGGGAAGGAUGUAUAUAUAUAAUUUUAUAUGGAAAGAAGAGUGUAUAUAUUAUACCCUGAAUACCUCAUACAUAAUUUGAAACUCUUGUUUCCUUUG